GUCAGUUUAUCAUAGUGACCCACCUCAUAAUGCUGCAGGGUUUGUAUCUACUGUAAAUAGUCGAUCGCGAAGAACAUCUUUCUUUAUGAAGCACAAUGUUGAUUUUAUGAAACAUCACCACUAACAUAUUAAAGCCACCAUGAGUACAGUCGGUGAAAAUCAACUGCAGAGAAUAAUAAGAGAUCUACAUGAUGCAGUUUCUGAGCUGAGCAAAGAACACAGUGAGACAGGAGAGCCCAUCACAGACGACAGCCCGAACCUUCACAAGUUCUGCUAUAAACUGGAGUAUCUGCUGCAAUUUGACCAAAAGGAGAAGCUUACAUUCCUGAGAGCGAGGAAAGACUACUGGGAUUAUUUCUGUGACUGUUUGGCCAAGAUUAAAGGAGCUAAUGACGGCAUUCGCUUUGUCAAAUCAAUCCCUGAGCUAAAGACGUCUCUAGGGAAGGGGCGAUCUUUCAUACGAUACUGUCUUGUGCACCAGAGACUGGCAGAUACUCUUCAGCAGUGUGUUAUGAACUACGAGAUCACAUGUACGUGGUAUUAUGAACGCAGUCCAUUCCUGAAGUCCCAUCUUAACAUCGAUAUCAUCAACCAUCUGUAUGAACUCAAUGAGAUACAGUUUGAUGUAGCAUCCAGGGGUCAUGACCUUGACUCUGACUGGCCCACCUUUGCCAGGAAGACUCUGGGAUCAGCAGUCUCAUCUGCCCAUGUGUGGAAACCACCCAGUCGCUGCUCCAGUGUCAACAGUCUGGCCAGCAGUUACUCACAGCAACCUCAGGAGUUUAUUUCAGGCCAGGAUUUCAGUUCCAGUCUUCUAGGUGAUUUAGGGGAGUUGGGUGAGCUCUCCUGUAAUGCUUCUGAGGACCUCCGCAUUGAGCUUGACCAGUCUGAGCUGAAACAACAGGAGCUCCUGAAGAAGAUCCAGCUGCUCACCAAAGAAUCAACUGAUCUGAGGGCUGUGAUCAAGGAUCUAGAGGACCAGCUUUUGGCUUUUAAAAGUUCAAAUCAAGAGAAGGAAAGAGGGCAGUCCAUAAGCUCAGCUGGGGCUGAGCAGGAGGUGUUUAAGGCUGUCAGAGAGUGCACUGAUCGUCUCCAUACCACCACACAGGAACUGGAGGCUAUCCGAGUUCAAGAGGCUUCGGAACGCAACUUAGAAACCAAGCUGAACAUCGCAGAAAACAGGAACAUGGAGCUGCUGACGAAGCUUGACGGAGCUUUAAGUGAAAAAGAACAGCAGGCCGCCAGCUACUGCGACUCUGCCUGGAAAAUCCAAGAGGUCCUGACCAAACUAAAGGAAGCUGAACAAGAAAGGAUUGAGUUAAAACGAGAAAAAGAUGACUGUUCCAGGCUGGCUGAGCGACUUGCUCAGGAGUUGAAGCAACAGGAGGUGAAACUAAAGGAGGUGGAAGGUGAACUGGAGGCAUGUACUGCAUCUGCCAACAAGGAACGAGCAGACAAAACGCAACAGGCUGAUGAGAUGCAGAUGACCAUAAAAAGCCUUCAGGGUGCACUCUCACUCCAGGAGCGUGAAGCGGGUAACCUCAACACACAACUACAGGACUUGCAGAGUGCACUAGAAGACAAAGAGUCCAAGCUGGAGGAGCUGAAGAGGAGGACGCAAGAGGGGCUGCAACAGAGAAGUGCACUUAAGGAGCAACUUAAGGAGAAGGAGACAGAGCUACUCAACAACACUCAGAAGGUCCGGAAACUAGAGAAGAACAACCAGCAAUUGGCAGCAGACAGUCAGAGCUGGCAAGCACAAGCCAAGAAGCUGGAGGAGUACAAGAACCAGUGCACAAGUUUAAUGGAGAUCAACGCCAAGCUGAUCCAAACUGUUAAAAGAAACGAAGAAAGCAGCAAGGAGCUGGCCCAAACCAAUGCUGCUCUACAGAGAGAGCUGAUUACAGCACAGACAUCAGAAGCUCAGUUGAGAACCAGAUUGGAGUCUGCUGGAUUGACAGUGGAUAACCAACACCUAGAAAACUGCAUAUCGAAUGGCCAGGUGAAGAAUGAGAAAACAGAGGUGGCAUUGACGAAGUUGGAAACUGAGCACAAAGAACUGGCAGCAGAUGGAAAAGAAAAGAGUAUACCAAAGUUGGAAGAACUAGACGGUGCUGCAGAUGCCAAAGAGAACAAUAUUUCUUGUAGUCACCUACAGGAGACCAAAGAAUCCUCAAGCUCUGAUAAUAGAGAGUCCACUUCUAGGUUGGCUCUAGCUGAGGCCCAACUGGAGCUCAACAUGAAGGAAGUUUGUAGACUUCAGGAGGAGGUUUUGGAGCUCAGGGCACAGCUGUUGGUGAGCUCAGAGGAGAGAGUGAAGAUCCAGGCUCUGCAAGAGGUAACAGAAACCUCUAGAGAAGACCUUCAGGCUCAGACGGAGCAACUUAAGACUCAGUUGGAAGAACUAAAACACAGACACGUAGAGGAACUUCUGCGUUGCCAAGAAAGAGAAGGAGCCCUGGUAAAGGAAAGGGAUACGGGGGCCAAAACCCAAGAGAGACUCCAGACGGAGAUGAAUACCAUGCGGGAAGAGCUUCAAGUGUUGAAGAAACACAAUGACACACUGAUGCUUGAGAACAGAGAGGCUCGUGAGGCCCUACACAGAGCCAACACAGAAACAGCAGAGCUUGGGGUUCACCUCUGCAUGCUGAAGGGGCAAAACGAGGAGGCUAAGCUGAGAUGGGAGGAGCUCUCUACUAAACUGGAGGAGCAGCAGAAGGCAGCACAGGAGGAGGUGCGAAGUUUGAGUGAAUCUGUGGAAGCCAUGAGUAAAGAUAAUGCAAGACUCCAAGAGCAGCUUAAGCAGACUGAGGGACUCCCAAAAACCAUGCAGGAAUUGCAGGAGCAACUUGAACAGGCCAAAGAAGAAGUCAAGAGCCUUCAGGAGAUCCGACAACGAGAAAUGGACACUCUGAAGUCCCAGCUAAGCGAUGAAGCUGCACAACACGAAAUCCAAGUGCAGGGUCUAAAUGAAGACCUGGAUGAACUGAGAAAGAAGCUGGAUAUUGAACUUGAGAAAGUGUCAAGUCUUGACUCCAAAGUGUCAGAGCUGGAGUCUGUCAACAGCGACUACAGUCAGAUGAUUAAAAAGAACGACACCCUCAUCGGCAAUUCUGAAACCAUUAUUAAUCAGAAAGAGGAACAGAUAAAAACCCUCAGAGAGAACUUAUCCAGAGCUGAGGAGCAGUUGGCUCUUGCCCAGCAGUCCUGUCAUGAGCUGGGUGUGAACUUGAGCAGAAGUGCGAUGGAGAAGCAAACCCUUGAGCUGAGGAUGUCUGCUGAGAUAGAUGACCUUUACCGCACCAAGAGGAACCUGGAAGAGCGACUUAUUGAACUUAUAAGGGAAAAAGAUGCAUUGUGGCAGAAGUCGGAUGCGCUGGAGUUUGAGCAGAAACUGAGGGCAGAAGAACAAACAGACCGAGACGUCACAUACUGUCUUACCUGCCGUAGCCAAUUUGGCUGGACCCUGCGCAAAUACAACUGCGGGAUAUGCAGUCGUCCCUUCUGUUACAACUGCUGCAGUCAUGUUGCGAGUGCUCAGCAGGGCGGCCCCAAAGUGCGAUGCUGUAAAGACUGCUUUACUCACAACAGCAACCCACAAGUGGAAUCGAGUACUCCCAAAUCAAGUCCAACCAGAACCAGCAGACCUGGUGUCAAAUGGGAGCCGAAGUCUCCUCAGCCGGACGAUGCAGCGUUUGACGUGAUCUCAGAAGAUGAAGUGAGCUCAGUCCACGACAGUUCACUGUACACCACCGCACUGUCCUCGGAGUCAGAACAACUCAGUGACGUCACAACCACAGAGGACUCGGACGAGCUGAUUGGCUCUGCUCAGGAUGCGGAGAUCCACCUGCUGAAAACUGGAGAGAUGACGUCGAGUCUGGAGUACAGCCUGGAGGAUGUGGUUCAGUUUGGUGGUGAUUUCAGAGAACUCUUCAUCAAGUCCAGCUGUUACAGCGUCAUUCUCAUAACUGCUGCUCAUCCGGGUCAUACGAUCAGCUGGAUCUUCUCCUCUAAAACCAAAAGCAUCGCCUUCAGUGUAGUGUACAGAGAGAAGAAAGACACACCUCUGGAGCAGGCUAAGGUUCUGAUCCCUCUGACAAGAUGCAACUCUCACAAGGAAACCAUUCAGGGUCAGCUAAAGGUCAGGAACCCUGGAGAAUACACCCUCAUCUUUGACAACUCCUUCUCCAGGUUUCUUUCAAAGAAAGUCCUCUACAAACUGACUAUAGAGACGCCAGAGGUCCAAAAUGGAAGUGAUUCUCCUUAAACAGGAAAACAUCUCACGCACACACACACACACACACACACACACACACACACACACACACACACAUAUUUACAAAGCCAAGUAGGCAUUGCUGCUUUGAAGGAUUUGUGUGGCCUUAUAAGGAAAAAAAUCAAGAAUAUGCUUUAAUCUUUCUUAGUUUUAACCACAAAACUAAGAAAAAAUAUAUAUAAAUAAAUAUUUGUUUAAACAGAGCAUAUUGUAGGAAUAUUUUGCAAUACUGUGUAUCAUAUGUUAAUGCAGUAUACUGCUUUAAAUGAAAAAAUCACUGUACUUUAGUAUUUUUAUCACAGUAAAACAAAUGAAUAUAUAACAAAAUUAAAAAUUUAAUAAGAAUCAACCCUUAAAAUAAUAUUAACAAUUGACACAUUACAGUUAUGACAAUUUCAGGGAAAAUUGCAUUUUUUGUUUUGGAAAUAAUGUCAUAAUUGUAAAAAAAACAUUGUCAUAAAAAUAGGCUACAUUUUUUCUGUUUGGGUAAAAAAUGAGCCAGUCAUGUUAUUAUGAGAUUAACCAUAUAAUUAAAAAAAUAAUGUACUGCCACAAGUGACAAACUUUAAUAGACUUAUUAUUUUUAGACUUAACAACAGCGCUGACAAAUUUAACACUGAAACAUGAAGGAUGUGAACAAGAAAAAAUCUCUGUGUGGUCAGGAUUGUACAUGUCUACAUGAAGGAUUUGAUUGAUUGCAGAUUAUGCACUACACAAAAGCUUUAUUACUACUCUUUUGAAGUGAGAUUUACUAUAGCUACUGAUGUGACUUUUGUGUAUGGACAGAUGUGUGGUCUGUUUGUUUGACAUUCCUUUAUGCCAAAUAUUUAUCUUGCACAAAUGCAUAAAAUGUAGGAAUGGGGAAAAUGUUGGGAGCCUUAAUGGAUUUCUAAAUGGAAAAAUACCAAACGUUUGCAAUGAAUGUACACUCAAAUAAAUAAAUCAUAAAAUGCUGGGUUAUUUUCAACCCAAUGUUGGGUCAAAAAGGGACGAAGCCAACCCUUUAAUUCAUUAUUUGGUCAAAUAUACACAUGUAUGGCUUGUUUUUUCCUUUUGACCCAGAGUUGGGUCUGAAAAUAACCCAGUAGUCUUAAAGAACAAAUCAAUUUUUCUUAUGAGAUUACAGAUACUCUAGUGCUCUGUUUUUAAAGGUCUUCAGUAAUUACGAUUUCUAUGCAGACAUAAUAUUUGUAUUCAUAAAAGGGUAAUUAGACGAUGUGUAUGUUUAUGUCAUGCAAACAUUUAUGAGCUGCUUUGUGUUUUUCAUGUGUAAGGUUUUGUUUAGAUAGUAAUAAUAAUACAAAUAACAGCAGCUCAAGUUAGAUGCUGUAAAUGACACUUUGACUAUUGUAUGUUACAUUUUCUUUGGUUCUCCACUGUUGCACUUUCUAAAUGUUUUUUUUUUUAGAGUCUAAUACGGUACUAAUCAAGACUGGUAGUAAUAUUCUGACUAAUUUCUGUAUGUGGCUAAUAUAUUGCUGCUGGUUUGAAAUGAAGCUAUUGAAUUAAAAUUUCUCAUUAGUGUGA